AAACCGUGAUGCUGAGCCACCGAGACAAGGAGUUCUACCUUGCUCAGUUGGCCGCGUUGGCCGAACGCUAUGACGAGGUCGUGGAACACAUGAAGCAAGUGAUCAAGACGAAUCCCCAACUCUCCGUGGAGGAGAGGAACUUACUCUCUGUGGCCUACAAGAACAAGGUGGGCCGUUUGCGUGGCGCUUGGCGCUCGACCUGCGCGGUCGCGAAGACGGCCUUGCCCACCGAGGCCCAAUACGCCGAGGAGUACAAAAAGAAGGCUGAAGAGGAAGGGAUCCAGUCCUGCGAGGAAAUGAUUACCUUGCUGGAAGAUCAGUUGCUGCCCCACACGGUGGAGCCCGAGUCAAAGGUCUUUUUCCUCAAGAUGCGUGGUGACUAUUACCGUUAUCUCGCAGAGCUUAGAGGUGAAAGCAACCAGGCAACUGCAGAGCUGGCCCGAAAGGCCAAUGAAGAAGCAUGGGAAUCUGUGCAGGAGCAGUUGCCAGCGGUGCACCCCAUUCGCCUGGGUUUGAUGCUGAGCCGAGCUGUUUUCAGCUACGAGAUCUUGCAGCAGAAGGAAGAGGCGUGCCAGAUCGCACGCCAGGCCUUUGAAGCAGGGCUGGAAGAACUGGAUGCGAUUCCAGAGGAGCACUACAAGGAUUCCACUCAGAUUCUGCAAAUGCUCCGGGACCAUUUGACGCAGUGGGCGAGCAUCGAGGUGCGAUAGAUGUGAGGCACGAAAGGCCCACAGUGUUUCGGGUAUGUCCCUGGUAGCAG